CAAUACAAGAUGAUUAAAUGUUAAAUGCCAUUGAAAAAAAAAACUAUAAAUAAGAAAUUAAACUUCAGUUUAUUCAUUUCAGUCAUUAACUGUUAAACAUGGCUAAAGUCUGUGCUUUUUUUGCAUUUGUCUUUUUUGUCGGAGUUGCUCAUGCCCAAGUCUUACGCACUUCGCGAGCAUGUGAAGGGUAUGGGCUGAAAAUUGAUUGCACCGGUCAGGGAGUAAUUGAAGUAGUCAGUGCAAAUUAUGGUAGAACGUUGUCUAAUGUUUGUCCUGGAGCACAAUCUUCAAACGUAAAAUGUAAUAAUCAAGCAAAAUCAUUAGAAGUUGCUCGUAAGAGUUGCUCAGGCAGAUCCUCGUGUCUUAUUCAAGCAACCAAUGCAGUUUUUGGCGAUCCAUGUGUUGGAACAUACAAGUAUCUUGAAGUACAAUAUCGAUGUAAAGUACCAGUGCAUGUUGCACGAGCUUGCGAAGGUUUUAAUCUAAAAAUUGUUUGCGAUAGUCAUGAAGUAAUUGAAGUGCUUAAUGCAAACUAUGGCAGAACAUUAUCUAAUAUUUGUCCUGGAGCACAAUCUUCAAACAUAAAAUGCAAGAAUCAAGCAAAAUCAUUAGUAGUUGUUCGUAACAGUUGCUCAGGUAAAUCUUCGUGUGUCAUCCAAGCAUCCAAUGCUGUUUUUGGCGAUCCAUGUGUCGGAACAUACAAAUAUCUUGAAGUACAAUAUCAAUGUAAAUCACCUGUGCGUGUUGCGCGAGCAUGUGAAGGUUCUGGUUUAAAAAUAUCUUGCAACGGUCAUGGCGUAAUUAAUGUGCUCAAUGCAAACUAUGGUAGAACAUUGUCUAAUAUUUGUCCUGGAGCACAAUCUUCAAACACCAAAUGUAAUAAUCAAGUAAAAUCGUUAGCAGUUGUUCGCAACAGUUGCUCAGGUAGAUCUUCGUGUGGCAUCCAAGCAACCAAUGCAGUUUUUGGCGAUCCUUGUGUCGGAACAUACAAAUAUCUUGAAGUGCAAUAUCAAUGUAUACCACAAGUGAAUGUUGUACGAGCUUGCGAAGGAAGCAAUCUAAAGAUUAAUUGCAACGGCAAUGGAAACAUUAAAGUGUUGCAAGCGAACUAUGGUCGAAAGUUAUCUAAUGUUUGCCCUGGAGCACAAUCAACAAACAUUAAUUGCAAUAAUCAAGGAAAAUCACUUGCAGUAACUCAAUUACAAUGUUUUGGCAAACCUUCUUGUACUGUCGCGGCAACUAAUGCAGUUUUUGGCGAUCCCUGUGUUGGAACAUACAAAUACCUUGAAGUAAUGUAUAGUUGUUUUUAAAAGAAUAAACAAAUUUUUUGCUUGUUUUAAUGGAGAUGGUUACUCAGAAACUUUUGAUGAAAUAUAUGUUAUAGUAUUAAAGUA